AUGAACCUCGAUGACCCGCCAACGGAUUUCAGCGGGACUGACACUGUCCCCAGUCAGCCGCCGGAGACCUACUACUAUAAGGUACACCCUGGGCGCAACAUCUUCUUUUGCCGAGGCCAUGGUGUCAUGAGUCGGCAGAUGGGUGUCUUCUACGUCACAGUAUUCCUCAUCGUAGGUGUGAGUGUGCUCUUCUUUGCCUUCGAUUGUCGCUACUUGGCGGUGACAUUGAGUCCCGCCAUCGCCGCGGUUGGUGCUCUUCUCUUCAUCUUCGUAAUGGCUGUGCUCAUGCGUGUUAGUUGUAUCGACCCUGGCAUCAUCCCCCGAGCUACAUUUGCAGAGUUGAAAUGUGCAGAAGAAGCGGAAGCUUCGGAGUCUGGAGACAUUUAUAGCGCUCGUGCCAACAUAAUGCAGCCCCGGGAAGUGCUGAUUCGGGACUAUCCCUACAAGCAGGCGUACUGUCACACCUGUCGGAUCCAUCGCCCUCCGAGGGCUUCUCACUGCUCCAUUUGUGAUAACUGUGUUGAGCGAUUUGACCACCACUGUCCGUGGAUUGGGAACUGCGUUGGAAAGCGGAAUUACCGCUAUUUUACCGUCUUCAUCAAUGCUGUUGCCGUCUACUGCUGCUACAUAAUCACCUUUGCUGUUGUCAACAUUAUACUCAGUAAGUUGGCCCUGUCACUCAGCUGA